UAUUUCCUUCUGCAAGUUCGAACAACACAAGCCGUCGCAUACUUGUCAAAUUCCGUGUGGAUAUCGGCUGCGCUGCACUGACUUCCCUCACUCAAAUAUCAUUGUAUUACGAGCCUUGAGGAGUUAAAUUUUGGGUGCCGAGGCAAAUAGUUCGAGAUCUUUAAGUUAGGCGUGUUUUUCGAUCCUAAGACUUGUCUCAGUAGGGGGUAGAAUACGUCACCGCUUCUGUGUUGUAGCCAUUUUCGAGCGAACUCCCGAUGGCUAUUUGUUCCAAUCGCAGUUGAUCAAUAUGGCGACGAAAGGUGGAUUAUGUUUCUUUUUCAUGGUCUUCUUCGUCUUCCUUUACCUUCUAGCUCAAGCCCUAAGUCUAAGGUGCAGAUGUAGUACACAUAGCUGCCCUGGUGACCAUGACAAUGAAACUUGCACAACUGAGGGAAAGUGCUACAAGAAGGUGGAACCUGGUGUUGAUGACAGUUAUGAGCUCAUCACUUAUGGCUGCUUACCACCUGAUGAAAAGACCAGCAUGCAAUGCAACACACCGGAUCAUGUUCACAAGAAGCAACUGUCUAUGGAGUGCUGUCAAGAUGGUGACAUGUGUAACACAUUCUUAAAGCCCACUUUGCCAACAACUCCUAGUCCUACCACAG